GUGGGAAGGGGCCUGCCUGGGAGGGCGGGCACGGUUCCGCCGGCUGGAGCGCAGCCGGGCCUUCCAGGAACCGGCGUGUUUGCGCUUCUCCCCAAUUUAUGACCGCCGACCAUAUGGCCCAUAUUUCGCCUCGCGCGUCACGCGCCGCGGAGGAAAGCAAACAGCGCGGGGCACGGCGCGGAGGGGGAGCGCCGGGCGAGCGGCCACGGGGCCGGCUCUGCAAAGCGCCGCCGGAGACAAUGUGAGGGGCCGCCGAGCCGGGGCGUCGCGCGUGGCUAUAUAAAGCGGCCCCCGCAGGCCCCGGCGCUGCAGACCGGCGCCUUCGGAGCUCGCCAGCGCCUCGCCCACCGCAGAGCCGCUCCAGGUUCAUAUGUGGAGACCAACCUUAUAUGGACUGCUCUCUCCAGCAAUGGCUGGUUUUUUUCAAGCAGCAGGCACCAGAUCCGUGUGUUUAAACGAGACCCUGAAGUAAACGCACUUUGGCAUUUUUCCUGGAGUUACAAACUAUUUCAGAAGCCGGUUGCCACUCGUGCUCCGUGAUUUUUCCCCCCUCUGCAGUAGAGCAAGGCUGUAAAAUAUCUAUCUAUAUCGCAGCCGCUUUUUCCUCGCCCCCCCCGCGUCUCCCCCCACACCAGCCUUCGUUAUUUUUUAUUCUUAACGCCCCCCCCCGCAACAUACACACACACACCCUCCCCUCUUCCUGGGGUGUUUGUGGGGUGUGUGUGGCUUGUGCAACAGCGAAUUGACAAACUGGUGCUCCAACUUUCCUGCAUAAAUUUGGCCAGAAUAUGUCUCUGACCAACACAAAGACGGGGUUUUCUGUAAAGGACAUCCUAGAUCUCCCUGACACCAACGAUGAAGAGGGAUCCCUCGUUGAAGGAGCGGAUGAAGAGAACGAGGGGUCGGAGCCACCCAAGAAAUCCGGAGUUCUGGGGCAAAACCCACUGGAGGGGGUUCAGACUCUGCCUUUGAAAAACCCUUUCUAUGAUACCAGUGAUAAUCCCUAUACGCGUUGGCUGGCCAGCACGGAAAGCAUCCAGUAUUCCUUGCACGGGCUGGCCUCCAGCAACUCCCAGCACGACUCCUCCACCAAAUCCCCCGACCCCUCGGCCGACGAAUCCCCGGACAACGACAAGGACACGGCCAGCGCCGGCGACUCCGGCAAGAAGAGGAAGAGGCGGGUGCUCUUCUCCAAGGCACAGACCUACGAGCUGGAGAGACGGUUCCGACAGCAGCGGUACCUGUCCGCCCCCGAGCGGGAGCACCUGGCCAGCCUCAUCCGCCUCACGCCCACCCAGGUGAAGAUCUGGUUUCAGAACCACCGGUACAAGAUGAAGAGGGCCCGGGCUGAGAAAGGUAUGGAAGUGACUCCUCUCCCCUCCCCACGCCGGGUAGCAGUGCCCGUCUUAGUCAGGGACGGCAAACCCUGCCACACGCUCAAAGCUCAGGACUUAGCCGCGGCCACUUUCCAGGCUGGGAUCCCCUUCUCCGCCUAUAGCGCCCAAUCGCUCCAGCAUAUGCAAUAUAACGCCCAGUACAGCUCCGCCAGCAACCCCCAGUACCCGACAGCGCAUCAUUUGGUGCAAGCCCAACAAUGGACUUGGUGAACAUUGCCGAGACAAGAAACUGAGGCUCCAAAAUCAAACCUCGGGGGGGGGGAGACAAUAUGAAUAUUAAUUAUUAUUAUUAAUGAUGGUGCAUUUUUCCCCCUCUCCUAUUUUUCCUCCUUUUGGGGGGUUCGAUUUGUUUCUUUUGGGGGGUGGUUUUUGUGCGCCAUGUUUACAGAGAUUUUUGCGCCAUGCAAAGUGGUCCUGUCUACCUACAACUAAAAAUAAAAAUCUUACUAGUAAUAAGAAUGAAUCCGUAUGCGCUUGUGAUUUCGUAAAGUACGUUUUGUGUGCUGUACAGCUGUUGUCAGUCGUAUAUAAAACAAGUGGAGGACACUUUAAAACUAGAGAAUUUGAUCUCCCUUUUUAUAUGAACCUUUACCUAUUUAUGGCCGUGUAUAAAUUCUGACAACUAUGAGCAAAAAAAAUAAUUUUUUUGUAACUAUGUGUGGUUAUUGUUGCCAUAAGUGACAGUCAGGGCGGUUUAUUUUAUUUUAUUCUUUUGGUUGGGUGCAAAGAUUUCCCAAAUAUUAAGCAAGCAAAGAAACUGGAGACGGAGAAGAAAUGUUUGGAUCCUCUCCAUAGAAAUCUCCAGCUCCUCGUUGUGUAUAAACCCUGGGGGGGGGGGGGGGGGCGCGCUACGGGGAGGGUUUCCAUUUUUUAUAGGAAUUUUAAUAAAAAUGCUGUUUGAAAAAAACCAACCCAACAACAAAAGAACGUUUUUGUUUGACUUUGUGGCUACCUGCAAACCCCUCACUUUGAGGCGACACGGACCGGAGGGAUCCUGGGGGGGGAGGGAGGAAGCCUGCCUCGCCUGAUUGUCCGAUCAAUGAGAUCUUCUCCUGGGGCCAGUUGUUUUAUGGGGAAUGAUGAACCCUUCCGUCGGAAAUCCGUGCUUGGCCUGCGGCAGAUUCCCAGGCAACAGCUCGGCGGAGUUUCGCCCCUCUUAGAACUUUUAGGGAAACUUUAAUCACCCUCCCCAAACUUUCUGCAAACGAUCAGAUACCUGUCUUCCUCUUCCUCUUCUUCUGCGUCCUGCCUCAUUGUGUCUACUGGAGAGACAAAGGCGCUGGAGUAGUGACUUUGUGGAAAUGAAAAAAUAAGCCCCACCACUCACUUAAAUGUAAGAGUGACCCUUCAGCGGAGGGGCUUUUGAUUCCAGUCUCGUCUCAAUGGCCUGCCUUUGCUCGGGGGUUGAUCUAAGCGGGGGGAGCCCGAAGAGUUGUAAGUCCUCCUUUAGCCGGCAGUGGUAGAUAGGCGGCUGAAUGGGGGCGGGAGGGGGGUAUCGGCUGGGGGAUGAGUUUAUACCCUCUUUCUGCUCCUGUAGGGCAGAUAACGCUUUGGGGCAAGUCGUGGGGCACACGGGCCUCUCCCUAAACGCGGUCGGAUUUGCAAUGUAAAGUUUGCCCUAAAACCUGUUUUAACCAAACGGAAUUUUGUCAUCUCCCUCCGGGCGACUGGCUCCCUGGAGAUCCCCUUCUGCCUGUGAUAACACGUAUUGGGAAUUUGUGGGGUGCCGCGACAUAGGGGGAGUUCUCCAAAUGCGGUGGGCUUGUGUAGGAAAGUCUGUCUAAGGCGUGUUUUAAAGCAAAACUUCCUCUGGCUAUUUAGAUGAUCAUUUUAGAAUAUGCGUUUAAAGGACACACAGAUCCCGCUGGAAAGCGAGUGUGUGUGUUAUGCGUGUGCGUGUACAUCUAGGAUCAUAGGUACACACUUUGUGCCUCUCUGUUUCUCUCUCUCCCUUGUAUAUAAUAUAUGCACGCACACACGAUUUUUAGGCUUACACAUACUCCAAUAUGCUUGGAGUUGACCCGAAAUGAAUUGGCCCCUCUGUCUUGGGUAGAGAGGCUUCUUUCCAACCAUGCUGUUUAAAUUCUUCUCCGUUUCUGAAACUGUCUCUCUUGCUGUAAGCUGGACAAACAGCAGGGACUGCGGGGGCAGGGCGGAGGGGGUGGGGGCUCGGAACAGGAAAAGCAAACUGAACCGUCCCCACUGAAUUACCGGCCGCGCUCUUGUUGAUGAUCAGAUUUAAUUCAAUAUCUCGCGCAAACAUGAUUAUCUGUAACAAAAUCGGCGGGACCCAUAGCUCUGCGUGGACAGUGCUGGCGAGGGGGGGUCUUCUAGCCAUGCGCGGAUCUGCUUCAGGACUGGAGUCCCAGCUGUGAUGGCCAUUUCUUGCAAUGGUGUCUUACCAAACUCAGGCGCAAAGUUGACACCAGUUUAAAUUCUUCCCUGGUUUAGUCGCUUCCCACUGAAUGUUGAAUUGUCAUGACAAGCGGGAGGCAGUCACAGAGCGGGGACCGGGGGGGGGGGGGGUGUUUUUGGUUUUGCUUCAGAUGAAACCUUAUUCUACACGAACCCCCCCCCCCACACACACACACACACACAAAACCCAAGAAAUGCGUCCGGGUUUCCCCAAAGCCGAGGGCACUCGUCAACAGCGUGGCUGGCAAACGGCAAGUCGCGGCUCUGCCGUGGCAGGAUCUACCCUGCAAGCUGAUAGUUAUUAGCAAAGCGAGAGAUCUAAAUGCAUAAGGAGUGGCCGCGUUUCGCUGCAAACAGGGGGUCUGAGGAUUUAUUUUUUUGCCAUCUCGGUAGCCAGGCGGGGCCGAGCUCCCCGUGAAGCGAAAACAGGUUUCGGCGGCGCCUGAAGAAAGGAGCCCACUUUGCAGGGAAGGACACUUUCCCCUCUUCCAAUUCCGCCCGCCGCGCAGAGCGAGUGGGAGGGAAACAGUCACUUUCUGCUUGGCCCCUAUUCAGUCUAUCAAGCCAGUUGUGUGGCCCUCCCCCGUGGCCUUAUAUUUCACACGCCGCUGGGGCAGUUUGGCGCAGUCUAUCUUUGCACAAUAUACAGUAGCCACCACAAAACAGCACAAUGCGGGAGGCUGGUCGUUAAGGAUGUUAGAGGCGUACAUAUUAAGGAGGGCAGAGAGACAGAGAGAACCCAGAGGGGACAGGGGUAGGGGGAAAGAGAGAGAGAGACAGUGCUGGCCUCCCCCAUCCUCCCCCUGUUCUUUGUAGUGCCAUUCAAUUCGUUUAUCGGGAGCGGUGCAUCCCCGAGUCAGGGAGAAGUAUCCUUGGGUUUUGUUCUGGCUGUCACUUGGAGCCAUUGUCCCCCAUGUUCUACAUGCUGUAUUCCAUAUGGCCAGCUGGGCUGACCCUCACAAAACCCAAAUUGUGUCCUGCUUUCAAACCCUGCAUUGUUGUCUGUGAAAGGAAGACGAAUUAAAAAUUCGUGCUAUAUCUAUUCUGGGGGAGAGGGGGGGGGGAGGGGGAAAAAAAACCCCUCUCUCUUCUUGGAAGGACAACAGGGCCUCCUUUUCUCCAGCCCCACUGACAAGUUUGUCUCUCAUUUCACAGGAAAUUAAAUUCCUGCAUCUGCACGGGGCCUAAACAAAUCUCGCCCAUAAAAAUGAAAGCAAAUGGCAGUCGAUGCACCCCGAUCAGCAUUGUAGUCCCGCUGACUUCGGGUCGCUGAGCUGGUUUUUUCCCCUCUGCCGGGAGAACAAGGUUUCAUUCACAGGGGGGUGUAAUGUUAUGCAGGCUUCUCCCUCCGUGCCCAACUGGAGAGCGCGGCGGACUGACCACUUUUUGUUCUCCUCCAGAGAACUGUCCCUUUCUUGUGAUAGUGCUUCCUUGUUCCAGGCCGGCGAGUUUGAGAAGUCGCCAUCCCGCUCCUUUCUCUGGAAGGCUUUCUCUGGUUGGGGCGAGGGGCGCUGGCGGUUAACCAUCUCCACCGGGGCCACCAGACCUGGCUUCCUGCCUUUACCUGGAGUUCUUGGCGGCUGACCGCGCCCUGGCGACGCGCUAUGCCCCCCGCGCUCCGGAGAGUAGCCUGGGCGAGUAGAAAAUGAAUGAAGCAGCCAAGGAGCUAAAUGCAAACAGGGUGGGCGCGAACAACUGAAGGGGCUAACUUUGAUUAUUUUUUUUUUUUAAAGAACACAACAAAAAACAAAUCAAAUAAAGGAUUUUCGGCUAAAAUGCUAACUCGGUUCCUACACCGACCAGACAAUUUCUCUUUAUUUGAGUGGGAACACGCCCACACAAACUCUGCCAUCCCUAGUGUGGUUUGGGUGAUAUUGUGACGGGGAAACGGACGGAUUUCCUACGCGAUGUCGGAUGUGUUGGGAAGGGGGGGUUUUUUUGGCUUUGUGUUGAGGAAGGCAUAAACUGCAGCGGUCUGGAAAUAGAUCAACAGGAAGAAAUGUUAAUUGGCCUCGUUCAAAGUAGCCUGUUGCGGGCCAGACAGAUAUGUCACCUUCCACUGGUGGGAGACACGGGGAACACAUUACACCUCCAGUGGGUGAUCUGGAAAACCAGAGUCACGUCCGACAGGAAAGAAAAGGCGAUGAAUGAAUGCGGGAUGAAUCCCCCAACUCCAACCCAAUCCAGGGACAUUAUAGUUAAACUUGCGCUUCAGGGUUAAUUUCCCUCCUUUCGCUCGCCUCUGAGUCACCCCCCUUCGCGUCUACAGAGCCACUAUUUAGGAGAAUCAGAUAACCUGGUAAUGAGGUGGAAACCCCUCUAAGCCAGGGAAAGAACUUACUUUCAUUACCUAUUGACUGUUGGGCUUAGCUGAGACCUGGCGUGGGUCGUUCGGGCCUUUUCAAGAGGGCUGGGCAAUGAAAAGCUAAUCCAAUGUUUACCGAGUCUAAGAACAAUUCUCAGCUGUGGUUAUUAAGGGGCCGAAUCAGCCAGGGAUGGCUUGGGCGGGGAGUACGAAAGCAAAUGCUGUGUGUGUUUGUGUUUGUGUGUGUGUUUGUGGGGGGGGGGGGGAGUGCAGCCCAGAGCACACGGCCCCCAUUCUACACUAGCUGGCCAGGCGGCAGAUACGCCUGAAGUGGCGGUGUGUACGAGAUAGUGCAGUGUGCACGAUUUCCGGAAAUAUGCACUUGUGGCUUCCUAAGAGUGACACUCGCCCCGUGUCCACGGAUCAUCUCCUUUUAUCCCGGCAUCUGCCAAUAAACCCCGCGAUCUCCCCACCGCGCACGCUACCCGCUGCUAUCUGGCAGAGGAAACAAUCUCGUUUGUAUUGCUUCCCCCGCCCCCGCCCGCCCCUCGAAGACUUCGAUUUUUAGGCGCUGUUAUUACUAAAGCAUCGUCGCAAACGAUCGGGAGCCGGGGGUCCCCCAAGGAAGGAGGGGAACGAACAACCCAGGCCGGAAUAUCAUUGUAAUGGCACUUUUUAACCACAAGGGGUCAUCAAAGUUCUUCCUUGCUGUCCCUGGGUUUUUUUCCCUCCUCCUGCUCUGAACUGUCCUUAUGAUAAAUGGUUUUAUUUCCCAUUGAACAUCCUCGCCAGUUCCGAGAGGUGGUUCUGGGGUUUUUUAACAACCUUUAAAAAAAUCUCACAGCCAAAAAAAAAAAGAGAGAGAGAGAGAGAGAAAGAGAGAAGUUAAAAAGGCAGCAGCCUGAUCGUCUGAAGCCACUUCCUCUCUCAAUUGUGUUCAAAAAGGAAUGGUCAAGCAUAAAUCAGCACACACACACACACCCAGCAAAUGAAGACUUCAGUUUUAUUCCAUUUGCUGUAUCCCCCCCUCCCCCUGAUUUUAAAAAAAACCCUCAGAUUGUUAAUGGAAGAAUCUGACCAACUGUGUGAGUUUGUAAACAAAAUCUGAUCUCUUCCUGUUUCUAAAGUGUGACUCUAGUUUCAGAUUCUGUUGGUUGAAUAAAACCAGACACACAGCCACUGUGUAUAUGGGAGAUUUGACUGUAUUCCUCUAUGUGUAAGGUGUGUGUGCCAACGGUCUGUUUAUUUUACAUAAAAAUAUUAGAGGUGUAAAUAAAAAACACACAAUCCUCAAUAGAUUUCUCUAUCUU